AUGUACCCCAACACCUCCCUAAUCCUAACCAACAUCCCCACGGGCCUCCCCACCCCCCACAAAGACCUAACCCCCCUCCCCCGCCCCCUCGACAUCACCACCCCACCCACAGACCCCAACGCCCUCCUCACCAAGCUCCUCUACGCCAGCCUGGACCCCUACAUGCGCGGACGCAUGCGCCCCGCCCACAUCAAAUCCUACAGUCCACCAUACCCCCUCAACACGCCCAUCACGGCCUACGCCGUAGCCCAAGUGGUGCACUCCACGCACGCAUCCUUCGCAUCGGGCGAGAUCAUCUACGCGCGUCUGCCUAUCCAGGAAUACAGCGUGCUGGCUGUAUCUGCAUCUCCUGCCCCAGCCACCGGCGAAGCCGAAGAGCAGCUAUGGACGCUCGAGAACAGCCUCGACGGAGGGAACAGCCCUAUCCGGAAGAUCCCGACCCCACUACCAUCUGGGAUUGAGUUAUCCCAGUAUGUAGGGAUCCUGGGCAUGACGGGGUUGACAGCGUAUGCGGGACUGUUUGAGAUCGGGGAGCCGAAGAAGGGCGAGACGGUUUUUGUGAGUAGUGCUGCUGGGGCGGUGGGGAGUGUGGUGGGACAGUUGGCGAAGAGGGUUGGGUGUAGGGUGAUUGGGAGUGCUGGGGGGGAGAGGAAGAGGAGGUAUGUGGUGGAGGAAUUGGGGUUUGAUGAGUGUUUUGAUUAUAGGGUUGAGGGGGCGAAGGAGGCGUUGGGGAGGUUGGUUGGUGGUGAGGGGGGGAGUGGUGUGGAUGUGUAUUUUGAGAAUGUGGGUGGGGAGCAAUUGGAUGCUGUGUUGGAGGUUAUGAAUAAUGGGGGGAGGGUUGUGGCUUGUGGAAUGGUCUCACAGUAUAAUCUCAAGCCGGAGGAGCGUUAUGGGGUGAAGAAUCUGUAUAAUGUUGUCACGAAGAGGUUGCGCAUGCGUGGGUUUAUUGUUGGGGAUAAGGAUAUGGGACCUAAGUGGAUCAAGGAGAGGGAUGAGAAGGUUACUGCUGUGAGUGUAUCAUUCUCUUCCUGGGUAUGA